CUCAAUCCCUAUGUAAGAAAUCGAACAUCCCAGAGAGUACUGCUUGAGAGAAAAGUAAUGGCAUCAUCAUCCCCAUUAAUAUAUCUAAAACACUACAUUCCAUCUUCCCAAUAUCCAGCCAUAACUUCUCAAAAACUCCUCACUGAAUGCAGCAUUUUAAGUAGUAGUAGUAGUAGUGGUAGGAGUAGGAGGCGUAGAACAAUUACAAUAGCAACAGUGAGUAGUAUAAUGCUGUCAUCAAAACAAGUAAUCUUGACACCAGAAAUUGGUCAUUGCUUAGAUUUAAGAAUGACAGUUCCAGACCAAAGCUUGGAAGAAGCAGAAGAAGGACUCAGAACUCAUGUUCGAGAUUUAGUAAAUGUUAAAGAGUUGAUUGAAUUGGAGUCAUGGAGAGAAACACAAAAAGCUUUAAGAAAGAGUUCAUCGCUAUUAAAACAAGAUAUCUAUACUAUAAUUCAAGCUAAACCAGGUAGCGAAAGAUCUCUGCUCAGGAAACUCUAUUCAGAACUCUUCAACAGUGUUACAAAACUAGACUAUGCAGCAAGGAGCCAGGAUUCAGCCCUUGUUCAAGAGUGCUAUGGGAAAAUAAUUGUUUCCUUAAAUAGUAUUCUAUCAAGAUUAUAGGCUUGAUUUCCUUCAGCAUGUCAGCUUCUGGAAAUAAAUUCUUUUUUUUUCUUCAGUUCUUCCUAUCAAUUAGAUUCACAAUGUGUUCUGGAAGUAAGUGAUCCUUCAUGACAUCCAUGGAUCUAGGACGUUUCUCCCAAUUCACUAGAGCAAAAUGUUUGUACUAUAAAAACCAAAUCCUUACUCUCUUGAGACUUCAGUGUCUAAGGCUUCUUAUCUUCCCUUUGACGUCCUACACCUAUUCAAAGAACUAGAUAGUUAGCAAUAGAGAUGAGGAAGAGUUUGAGUGGUAGUUCAGGCAGAUCGGUUAUCACUUCACCGUCAGGACGCAUGCCUAUGGUUAUAAAAUGUGCAGUACUAGUGAUUAUGUUGGCAUUGCUUUUGCUGUUGCUCAAUGAAGAGUCAAUUUUUACAUGCUUCACAAUGAACUGUUAUUUGGUAGAAUGCUGGUUGGGAUUGCUUUAGUUCCAACUUCAGUGGAUAUGAAGGUCUCUUUGAAGUUUGUAAAACAGUGUAACUGAAUCCUGUUAUCACUCUUGUAAGUUGCAGCCCAAGUCUUUCUUGAA